CGGGGAAGGAGCCGGCGCCAUGUUGGGUCCCUCAGAGGGGCCGGGGCGGCCGAGUCCUGCGCCUCGGGCACAUCCAGGCGCGCAGCACUGCGGGCCGGGAAAGAGACCCACUGGAAAAGAGCUGGGGGUGCCGGCUGACAGGCAGCUGAACGUGAGCCCAGAUUCAAAACCCUGAAGAGAUGGCUGACCAGAUGAAGAGGACCAAUAUCCUCUGGCUUGGGGAGAUCAGGAAUUGCAGCUAUAUCAGGGACAUCAUGAAUUGGAAUAAAGGUGGACCUGGUACUAAGAGAGGCUUUGGGUUUGGUGGCUUUGCCAUAACACCUGGCAAGAAAGAGGAGCCCAAGCUGUCUCAGCAGUCCCACAGUGCUUUUGGCAGCGCCGGCUCCUCGGCAGCAUUUGCGAAAUCGGGGCCUCCUCAGCUGCCUUCCUUCUACAAAAUUGGGUCAAAGAGAGCCAAUUUUGAUGAGGAGAAUGCGUACUUUGAGGAUGAAGAGGAAGAUUCCAGCAAUGUGGAAUUGCCCUACAUUCCUGCAGAGAAUUCCCCCACCCGGCAGCAGUUCCAUUCCAAAUCAGCGGACUCUGACAGCGAUGAUGAUCCUCUGGAGGCAUUCAUGGCUGAAGUGGAGGAUCAAGCUGCUCGAGACAUGAAGAGACUCGAAGAUAAAGACAAAGAAAAAAAGAACGUUAAGGGUAUUCGAGAUGACAUUGAAGAGGAAGAUGACCAAGAAGCGUAUUUUCGCUACAUGGCUGAGAACCCCACUGCUGGUGUGGUACAGGAGGAGGAAGAGGAUAACCUGGAGUAUGAUAGUGAUGGGAAUCCAAUUGCACCGUCCAAAAAAAUCAUUGAUCCUCUUCCACCUAUUGACCAUUCAGAGAUUGAAUACCCACCAUUUGAGAAAAAUUUCUAUGAUGAGCAUGAGGAGAUCACCAGCCUGACCCCGCAGCAAGUGGUGGAGUUACGGCAUAAGCUGAAUCUCCGGGUCUCCGGGGCUGCUCCUCCAAGGCCUGGCAGUAGUUUUGCUCAUUUUGGGUUUGAUGAGCAACUCAUGCAUCAGAUUAGGAAAUCUGAGUAUACCCAACCCACUCCAAUACAAUGUCAGGGUGUUCCAGUGGCACUAAGUGGCAGAGACAUGAUUGGGAUAGCCAAGACUGGAAGUGGGAAAACAGCCGCCUUCAUCUGGCCAAUGCUGAUCCACAUCAUGGAUCAGAAGGAGCUUGAGCCAGGGGAUGGUCCCAUUGCAGUGAUCGUCUGCCCGACCAGGGAGCUCUGCCAGCAGAUCCACUCCGAGUGCAAGCGCUUUGGCAAGGCCUAUAACCUGCGCUCCGUGGCCGUGUACGGAGGAGGGAGCAUGUGGGAGCAAGCCAAGGCCCUGCAGGAGGGGGCAGAGAUCGUGGUCUGCACACCAGGUCGUUUGAUUGAUCAUGUGAAAAAGAAAGCUACAAACCUGCAGAGAGUCACUUACCUUGUGUUUGAUGAAGCUGACAGAAUGUUUGAUAUGGGGUUUGAAUAUCAGGUCAGAUCAAUCGCAAGCCACGUACGUCCUGACAGACAGACCCUCUUGUUCAGUGCCACGUUCCGUAAGAAGAUUGAGAAAUUGGCUCGGGAUAUUCUGAUCGACCCAAUUCGGGUUGUGCAAGGAGACAUUGGAGAGGCCAAUGAAGAUGUCACUCAGAUUGUGGAGAUUUUCCCCUCUGGGCCCAGCAAGUGGAACUGGCUGACGCGGCGCCUCGUGGAGUUCACGUCCUCGGGGAGCGUCCUCCUCUUCGUCACCAAGAAAGCCAACGCAGAGGAGCUGGCCAAUAACCUCAAGCAGGAGGAUCAUAACCUGGGGCUGCUUCAUGGGGACAUGGACCAGAGCGAGAGGAAUAAAGUCAUUUCGGAAUUUAAGAAAAAGGGGAUCCCCAUCCUGGUAGCUACUGAUGUGGCAGCUCGAGGGUUGGAUAUCCCUUCCAUCAAGACUGUCAUCAACUACGACGUGGCUCGGGACAUCGACACCCACACGCACCGGAUCGGCCGCACCGGCCGCGCCGGGGAGAAGGGAGUGGCCUACACUCUGCUGACCCCCAAGGACAGCAACUUCGCUGGUGACCUCGUCAGAAACCUGGAGGGUGCCAACCAGCACGUGUCCAAAGAGCUGCUGGAUUUGGCAAUGCAGAAUCCAUGGUUCCGGAAAUCCCGUUUUAAAGGGGGGAAGGGCAAGAAGCUGAAUAUUGGUGGAGGUGGCUUGGGAUACCGUGAACGCCCCGGGCUGGGCUCAGAAAAUACUGACCGUGGAAACAACAACAGUGUGAUGAGCAACUAUGAGGCCUACAAGCCAUCCACAGGGGCCAUGGGGGACAGGCUGACAGCAAUGAAAGCAGCUUUCCAGUCCCAGUACAAGAGUCACUUUGUUGCUGCAAGUUUAAAUAACCAAAAGACUGGGAGCUCUGCUGCUGGUGCCAGUGGCUGGACCAGUGCCGGGAGCCUGAACUCCGUCCCGACGAGUUCAGCGCAGCAAAACGCCGCCAAUCCCGAGAGCCCCAUCGCAGCCACCGCGGCAGCGAAGGGGGUCCCGGGCUUCACCAGCACGGGCAGCUUGAGCAGCGUGCCCACCUUCCCGAGCGCCGGAGCACAGGGCUUCAACAGCACAAACGCCAGCACCAACAGCCGAGAGGGCGGCGGCGGCAUUGUCAGAGAACGGUACAACGACAACCGGAACAGUCGGCACGGCGAGGCCCCGCGGCGAGGGGAAGGCGGCGGCGGCCGAGGGGAAGGCGGCGGCCGAGGGGAGGGCGGUGGCCGAGGGGAGGGCGGCAGUGGCCGAGGGGAGGGCGGUGGCCGAGGGGAGGGCGGUGGCCGAGGGGAGGGCGGUGGUGGCCGCUUCAGCGAGGGCCAGCGUUUCAACGAGGGCCAGCGUUUCAACGAGGGCCAACGCUUCAGCGAGGGCCAACGUUUCAGCGAGGGCCAACGUUUCAGCGAGGGCCAGCGUUUCAACGAGGGCCAGCGUUUCAACGAGGGCCAGCGUUUCAACGAGGGCCAGCGUUUCAAUGAGGGCCAGCGUUUCAACGAGGGCCAGCGCUUCAACGAUGGCCAACGCUUCAGCGAGGGCCAGCGCUUCAACGAUGGCCAACGCUACAAUGAGGGCCAGCGCUUCAACGAGGGCCAACGUUUCAACGAUGGCCAACGCUUUAACGAUGGCCAACGCUUCAACGAGGGCCAGCGUUUCAACGAGGGCCAACGCUUCAACGAGGGGCAGCGUUUUAACGAUGGCCAACGCUACAAUGAGGGCCAACGCUACAAUGAGGGUCAGCGCUUCAACGACGGCCAACGCCACAGCGAAGGUGGUGGCCGGCACAGUGACCCCUCCCGGCACGGCGACGUCCAUCGCCACAGCGAGGGCCGGCACUUCACCGACUUGCCGGGUGGCAACCGCAACAACGGUGACAGCAGGAACAGCACCGAGGGGAGGAACAGCGAGAGCAGGAAUGGAGAGAACAGGAAGGAGGCCAACAGCCGAGACAACAAGACAGAUGGUUUUGCUGUCCCAGAGCCCCCAAAACGGAAGAAGAGCCGGUGGGACAGUUAAAAGCUGGGGGUUCACAGGCUGGAGUCUCUGCAGGUAGUGUUGUCGUUUUCCAGAGGAUUUCUUGGGGUUUUUGGUAACUGGUUGUUGAGCAGCUGGGGCAGGAAAAGGAAACCAUGAGAACCCCCGUGCAAGUUCAUCUGGACAGAUUCACCCGAACGAAAUGGACACAACACUUAGUGAAAGAAAUAAUUUUGAUAAAGCUCCCUGGGUUCUGCUUUGAAACAUUCAGUGCUUGAGUGACUCUGCUGGAUUUCAACAGAUCUUCUUGACAAAAAGAAGCUGUUCCACAUCCUUGGAACGUUAAGAAACUGUUGUCCAUAGAAGUAUAAAUUAGUCUUUUCUUAACCAGCGUUCACAUUUACAAACCAGUCCAGUCCACCUAGAGAUGCUCAGGACCUGCCUGUUAGACAUUAAUCUUGCAGCAGUUUGGUCAGUAUGGUGAGUUCUUCCUCCAUCUCCUUUUUACAUAUUCUCCCCAAAUAAUUUGGUCUCCAGGUUACCCCUUACCUCUCUCCCCAUCAACUAAGAAUGUGUCAAUUUGCUUUGCUGAAGGUGGGGCAGAGCAAGUUGAUUUCACUUUUUUUGGGGUUGAUUUUUUUUUUUGGGGGGUUUUUUUUUUUGGUUUUUUUUUUGGGGGGGUUUUUUUUUUGGUUUUUUUUUUUUUUUUGUGUGGAGCUGUUCAAGGGUUCCUUCUCCAUCCCAGCAAACCACAAAUUCACUUGUAGUGUAGCUUGGACUCCCUGGCUUGGUUUUGGUCAGUAUUUUAAUUCCAAUCCCAUUGCCCAGAUGAUUUUUUUUUUUUUAAGAACUUUAUGUUUUCUAAUAUCGUUCAUUCUGGUGGAAGCCUGCAUAGCAAACCUGUGUCUCUGCUGUGCCUAUGCACCCUCUGUUCUGAGAGGGUUGAGUGCUUUCUUCAAAUUAAAAACAAAAAAGGGAAGACAAUGUAGAUAGACCACAACAAUCAGAGGCUGGAGCCCCCCAAGAAGUGUGGCUAAAGGAAGAAGAUUCAGAAAUUCAGGGAUCUGUUGCUCAGAAGCCUUUAGGGAGAACUCAGAAAACAACUAAUGAAAAGAAACAGCUCAAAUCUGGCCCUGUUUUGGACACAUGUAGUAAAUCUGUAAAAUCUUACUUGCCCAUUUUUAAUUCUGUGUGUAUUCCCAUUUUUUAACUUUUUUUUUUUUUGCCACAAGGUAGGGAAGAACUUUUCAGUUGGGACAUGUCAGCACCCACCGCUGGCUCGUUUCCACUGGAAGAUGUACCAGAAGCUGUCAGGGUUUUGUGACAUUGUGAUGUUUUCUUUAUCAGCUGUGCAUUUACUUUCUGCUUGCUCUAGUAAAUGUUUUAUUACUGGUACAAAAAUA